UCCUGUUUCCUGGGUUUUCCAGGUGGGAAGUGUGUGUGUGUGUUGUUUGUUUAUGUUGGAGAUGAGUGGAAGUGAGAACACACACACUAACAGUAACAUUAUUACACAGGAGUUUAUAGCGUUAGAGGAUUUUAACGCUACAGGAGCAGAACAGUUGAGUUUCACAGCCGGAGACACGCUGCUGGUUCAUGAGCAGGUUUGUACAGACUGGUGGUGGGCCGAGCGGAGCGGCUGCUUCGGCUACGUUCCCUCAGCUUUCCUCCACCGAGGAGUCGAGGAUGUGGAAGACGCCUGGCAGGACGAGGAGUAUUUCAGCACCUAUGGGACUCUGAAGCUUCACCUGGAGAUGCUCUCGGACCGGCCGCGUACCGAAACCUACAGACAGGUGAUCGUGAGCAACAGCGCCGCCCUGAGGGGGAAAGUGGUGAUGGAUUUGGGAUGCGGUACCGGCAUUAUCAGCCUCUUCUGUGGCCGUUUAGCACAGCCUGCAGCUGUGUAUGCGGUGGAGGCGAGCUCGGUGGCCGAACACACAGAGAAACUGGUGAAAUUGAAUAGGUGUGACGAUGUCGUGACCGUAUUUCGAUCCAGAGCUGAAGAUCUGAUGCUUCCGUCCAAGGUGGACGUCCUGGUCUCAGAGUGGAUGGGGAACUGCUUACUGUUUGAGUUCAUGGUGGAGUCUGUGCUCCGUGUGCGGGACCGCUGGCUGAAGGACGGAGGGAUGAUGUGGCCAUCUUCUGCCUCUCUGAGCCUAGUUCCCUGUCAGGCCCACGCUGACUACAGCCAGAAAAUGGAAUUCUGGGAAAAUCUCUACGGCCUGGACUUCAGCUGUCUGCAACCUGUUGCGCAGGAGGAGUUCUUCUCCAAGCCAAAAUUCAGCCAUCAGCUUGACCCUGCCGACUGUCUCUCCACUCCAUGUGAUGUCAUCAGUCUGGACAUGCACACCCUGAGUGUGUCUGAUCUGGAGAAGCUGAGCGGAGAGUUCAGAUUCACCAUAGAAAGAUCUGGAACUCUGCAUGGCUUCACUGCCUGGUUCAGCACAUUCUUCCAUAGUUUAGAUGAGGGAGGAUCAUCACUGGAGCUCAACACCGGACCACACGCUGAGUCGACUCACUGGAAACAGACUCUGUUCAUGUUAGACGGACCAAUCGGAGUUGAGGAAGGUGACUGUGUGGGCGGGGCCAUCACGCUACAGAGGAACCCUAUUUGGAGACGGCACAUGUCAAUCACCAUAGAGUGGCGUAUAAAGAGGAGGGACGAUCCGACGUUCUGUGAGGAGAAGACAAAGCGUUUCCCCAUGUGGAGGUGAGUCUCAGCUCAGGAUUCACACAGUACAGCGCUGACGCACUCCUGCUGGACUGUCUACGUUGGUUUAUUUACUCCCUUAGCCUAAAAACUGAUAUUUUGUUUUAUUUUUUAAAAUAUUGCUGACCAAAAAAGUGCAAAACACAAUGUUAAUUCCUGAAAUUGACUCCGUUAGUUCAAUAUGUUCAAUAGAUAUGUGUGUAAUGUCUUAUGAUGCGUUCUGCUCUCAGCCGAUCGAAACACACGGUUUUAUACUGACAUUAGCGAUGUAUGUACUCAGUUUUUCCGAACUGAUGAAAUAAAAACAGUUCUUCGUCACGGACUCUUGAGUAUUUGGACUCGACUGUGUACGUUAGGCCUCAAGAGAAAAAUAAAACGUUUAAAAAAAAAACAAAAAAACAGUGGCUCUCGCAGUCGUGUGGUUUAAACCUUCCUUCACUCACAACACACUUUGGGCUCGAUGUUCGUUUCUAAAUCAGCGUUUCUGUUUACGUUCGUAAUUGUUUUUCGACGAGCUCAGACAUCUGAAGGACUGAAACUGAAUAUUUACGUGUCAGAUAUAAUAAUUGAACAUCAUGAGACGCGUAUACGUGUAUAAAAUACAAUACGAAGACAAAAUACGAGUCUAGACGGUGCGAGUGUGUGUGUGAGAGCUCUUUAAAUGCUGUCGGACGCGUGAAUGUGGCGAAUACUGAAUAUAAACCAACAUUACAGCGGUAAUAAUAAGCCAUCAUUUUUGACACACUUUCUUAUAGUACUAAGUAAAUACUAAAACAUCAUUUAAAAGCACUUUAACAAAAUAAUGGUUUUAUUUUAUCUUUUGUUCGGCAGAAACAAAUCUAUUCAGUGCCAUUACUUUCUACAUCCUAAUGUAAAGAGUGAUAAAUUACUCUAUUUGUACUGACUCCGCCUACUAUUUGACACUUUUAGGCAGAAACGCCCCAAAUGACAUAUAGAUUAAGAUCAAAACCCAAAACCAUUUUUUGAUCUUAAUCAGUUCAGUCAGACUCGUCCUGACUGAAGAGGACAUAAACAACGCCGUAUUAUAUGAUUAGAUGGAUUUAUACUGAAUUCAAUAACAAAUAUAUAUCUAUAUAAAUCUCUUGAAUAACGAAUGACAAUAUGAUACACAU